AUGGCAGUUGAUCAUCUUCCACCGCCAGCACACCAGACAAGCAAUCCUCCAACGAUAGACCUCUCAUCCAACCUACCUCCAACAAUUGAUAUCAUAUCGUCAGAGCCAUCAAAGCCAGAAUCUUACAAAAGACCUUGCUCGUCAUUUCGACAGUCCAAUGGCCCCACAGCGAGAAUCGCGGGCCAAACCUACACAUACGGCGACGCAUUCUGGGGGGGUGGUGGUUCAUCUCGCGGCGCCACAAUGGCAGGCCUCCGCCUAAAAUGGGGGUUCGACUUCAAUAAACACGCCUGUCUUUCCUGGCGUGCUAACUUUCCCUCAUCACAGUGCCACGAAAUGGCAGCCCAUGAAUUCGUCGACCAAGCUCAGAGAGCAGCCGAUAAUGGUCACCCAAAUAUGAUGAAUGUUGAUAUCCUUCACUUGUCUCCACCUUAUCAGUUCUUCUCACCAGCUCACUCCAAAAAUGGGCCGAACGAUGAGAUGAACGUCGCAAGUUUAUUCGCGGUGCAGAUGGUCAUCGAUGUUUCGAGGUCGAGAGUUGUUACGUUGGAGCAGACUUUUGGAAUUGCAUGUCCGAGAUUCAGGUUCUAUUUCAAUGCUCUGAUUCAGAUGUUCACUUCGCAUGAUUUCUCGGUAAGAUGGGCGAUCGUGCCGUUGGCUCAAUGGGUAUUCCUGGCGAACGUUCUGCCAAGAAUCCCUCCCCCAACCUACUCUGGUUCAGAUUCCGAAUCCGCACUGAGUCUUCCACCCUUCGUCUCCGCCAACAAAAUUCUCAAGUCCAUCCCGGCAGAAGCUGCAGAUCACGACAUCGAGUCUGUCGUGUGGGUUCCAGAUAGACAUAUGCCACCGUGGGAUGGAUCGAAGAUCUGA